GUGAAGCGUGCGAUUUACCCAGUUCUUGCUCCUCCUAGCUCUUAGUAGCACUAGUGCAGCACUUUUUCUCUCUUCCCCCCCCCUCCCCUCAACCUUGUUGUACUAGAACCUUAGUAGGCUACCCACUUUUUAUUUCGGCCUUUAUUCCUUACUCCUCUUUACUUUAUUCCACUUUUUUGUUGUUUCUUCCUCCCUUAUACACAUACACACAUACGAUGCAAUAAUGACGAACCCGUCGACUGAUCCCGCAUUUAACAUAUUUACGCUCCCGACAAACGUCGAAUCGUUCAUUAGCCCGUUCUGGGAAACCUUGCAGGAGAAUAACCAUUUUUUACUGCAACGGAUAAAAACACGCAAGAGUUCAAUUAUGCGCAAUGUGCUGGGCACUGUGCAGAAUGUACUUGAUACAAAGCAAUCGCCAUACCGUAUCCUAUAUCGACGUGCAAACGGUACUUGUCUCCAAGUCGCAGUAGGAGAGACAGAGAAACAAACGGAUCUAGCCUGGCGUUGGAUCGAGGCCAAUCUACUACCUCCGUUGACCGUGUUGGAAGAUGGUGAGAAAGAAGAAUUUGUUGCUACCAAGGUAAAUUCCAUUGUCACACGGAGAGAUGCUGGAACGGAUGAAAUCUCGACCGACGAAAAAGUACGCACAGCAUCACGAAGCUUUCGUCAAACGUUCAAUGUUCCUCCUAUCGAGCGUCUUGUAAACUGUGAGUAAACGCACAGCCGAGGAGGCGAGGGAGACAGAAGGAAUGAUCUUUGCUAAGAAUGCUUUACCGGCAUAGAUUAUUCAUGCGCUUAUUAUACCAACCGAUUCACGAGCCAAGGCUGGCUUUAUAUCAGCGAG